AUGCCUCACAAGCAGAAGAAGAAUCCUAGCCAUGUCCAUAAAAACGGCUCUCCCCGAGCGGAGAGGAAGCAGUCGACGUCGAAUACCACUCCGCUUGCUCAGCCUGGACUAGCGACGACGAAUUACCGGGAGAUCCACCAGAAUGAGGCCGAGGCGUUACGCUCGAUCUAUGGUGAUGACUUUGAAGAAAUUGAGCACAGGCCUUCCGCCUGGCAGCAAUCGGCCGAUGUGGCGUUCAAGCUUCAUCUACGUGCUUCCUCAAAUCCCGAGGUCCGUGUUGAUUUGCUAGUUGAGCUGCCAACGACAUAUCCCAAAACGUAUCCGAAUCUCUCGCUGGGUAAUUCGGAGAACAUUCGUCACAGGGCUAGGUUAAAAAUUCAAGACAUUAUUCGAAACAAACCGAAAGAGCUGCUCGGCUCUGAGAUGAUCUAUGAACUCGCCGUGUCGAUACAGGACGUUCUCGAGGAUGUUGCCCAGGCACAGGCCCAGGAUAAGGAUCUACCAAGUUUAGAAGAGGAACGCAUGGUGCAAGAAGCUGCUGCCAAUCAGCGUGCAGAGUUGGAACGGCAAGAAGAGCUUCGAAAACAGGAGGCGGCCACAGCGGAAGAGGAGCGAGCUCUACAGCAGCUGUUGGAGGAUAAACUCAGAGAGCGCACGAAGGCUCGACUCUCCAGGCGAAAGAGUAGGUCUUCCGGUACAGGCCUGUCCGGCUCCGUCGAUGCGGUUGACCACUUUCCCGACGCCAUUACUUUUGAUCCACCAUUAAUCAUAAACGACACAAAUGAACAACCGCUAGCUUUUAGUGCUGUAUUCGGGAAGACGCUUCUACAGUGCAGUCCAGGAAAGCAGACGUUCACGGUCAGACCCGUGGUGUCCGAGAGCCGCUCGCAUGCACCUCUUAUCGUCCUGAAAGAACUUUCUCUCGAUGGGAAUGGGACGGCACCGAUUUGUUUCCGGGAGCGAAUGCGUGCCAGUGAGGACAAACUAGAGGCUCUGAAAAGACUUCGGCACUCCAAUCUUGUGGAUUUUAUUGGUUUUAAGAUAUAUAGGCCCUUAGACUCCUUCGAUGCCCAAGACAGCACCUGGAGAGUAUAUCUUCUUCUUGAAUAUGCAAACAAAGGGUCCCUAUCCGAGUUCCUGGACAUCGUUGGGAACGUGUCGGUGGAAAUUAUCCGUGGUUGGAUGAUCCAAUUGCUCGAAGCUCUUGAGUUUUAUCAUCGCAGCGGAUUUGUGCAUGGGGAUAUCCACUGCGGACGCAUUCUGCUUUUCAGGAACCCGCAAGGCGGCACCAUUGUAAAGCUGCAAGGAAGCAUUGAAGAUGCGCUCCCGGAUACGGAGAACAGCAAGAGAGCCCUGACGAUCUCAAAGUCACCCUUCUGGAUGCCUCCCGAGCUCACACAAGAAAGUACGCCUCCAACAAUGAAAACGGAUGUAUGGGACAUGGGCAUAGUGUUUCUGCAGAUGGCAUUUGGUAAAGAUGUGUUGCAGCGGUAUACUUCAGCGAACGCACUCAUGGGAACUUUGGGUUUGUCAGCACCUUUGCAGGACUUGCUGCAUGAGUUUUUCAGACCAGAUCCGAAGAAGCGUCCGACCGCUUUCCAACUCCAACCAUUCGAGUUCUUCCGGGUCGACACACCUUUGAUUGCUCGUACGAGUACUUCGAACUCAGUGUCACUGCCCAGACGCCCACGCCUUGACUCGACUGGGGGGCUUCCCGCUUUCUCGCGAUACAACCAAGACUUUGAUGAAGCGGGGCGCCUGGGCAAAGGUGGCUUUGGACAGGUUGUAAAGGCCAGGAAUAAGCUUGAUGGUCGAUUUUAUGCGAUUAAAAAGAUUUCUCAAAGGUCAGCCUCGGCCCUCAAAGAUACUCUUUCGGAGAUUAUGCUGCUCUCGCGACUCAAUCACCCAUACGUGGUUCGCUAUUUCACUGCAUGGCUGGAAGAAGAGUAUGACCAGGUCGACGAAGAAGCCAUCUCAUCGACGGAGGGAGACCCAUUUGCUAGUCGGGACGCAAACGGUUUUGACUAUAGCACUGGAGGGCUUGACUUUAUCAGCUCCAGCGGUUAUCCCAAGAUCGAGUUUGCUUCUGACAGUGACGACGAACAUGAUGCAAGCCUAUCUCAAGGAGGUGGAACAGAGUCUUAUGAUGCGUAUCGCGAGGAGAGCGCCGCGGGGACUGAGCUUAGUCGAGUCAGGUCCGGUUCUCAGGGUAGAGCCCAUCUUACAACGCUUUAUAUACAGAUGGAGUAUUGCGAGAAACAUACUCUUCGCGACUUGAUAAAGAACGGCUUGUACGAUGAUAUCGAUCGUUCAUGGCGCCUGUUUCGACAAAUUCUUGAUGGGCUUAGUCAUAUCCAUAGCCACGGCAUUAUACACCGCGACCUGAAACCAGAUAACAUCUUCAUUGAUGUGGCAAGCAAUCCAAGAAUUGGAGAUUUCGGCCUGGCUACCAGUGGGCAGUUUACCACAGCUGUGCGUUCGUCGACUACCGCAGAUUUUGAAGGCAACCUCACGCGAAGUCUUGGGACUACUUACUAUGUCGCUCCGGAGAUGAAGUCUGGCUUCGCAGGUCACUAUAACGAGAAAGUCGAUAUGUACUCGUUGGGUAUAAUAUUCUUCGAGAUGUGCCACCCUUUGCCCACGGGUAUGGAGCGCGACCAGACUCUACGGGCGAUCCGAGAAGAACAUCAUACUCUUCCACCGACUUUCCAGUACUCGGAAAAGGCAGUGCAGGGAAACAUUAUCGAAUCUCUAUUGAGUCAUAACCCAAAGGAACGGCCAUCUGCCUCGGAACUUCUUCAGAGCGGCAAGAUUCCUCUCCAGGUUGAAGAAGAGACAUUUAGACGAGCGAUCGUGCAUCUCCUCUCUGAUCCAAAUGCCCCCGACUACAAGAAGAUUCUUUCGGCCAUCUUCUCGCAGUCGCCCAAAAAAUACGAAGAUAUUGCCUGGGAUGUGGACUCACGUGCUGCUCCUGCUGCCAAUGAGUUACUCGUUCAGAGUUUAGUCAAAGAGCGCCUGACCGCUAUAUUCCGCAGACAUGGGGCGGUUGAGACUACUCGGCAAAUGCUGUUCCCUCGGUCCCAACACUAUAGAAGCGGAGCCGUUCGACUGCUUGACGCGUCGGGUAAUCAGCUUCAGCUGCCAUUCGACCUCACCUUGCCGAAUGCACGCUCUAUCUCUAGACAGGACCCGUCACUAGAGAAAACAUUCGCUUUCGGCACAGUCUAUCGAGAGAUGCCCCAUGGCAGCGAGCCCAGAACUCACAAAGAAGUUGACUUUGAUAUCGUAUCGCACAAUACACUUGACCUGGCGUUGAAAGAAGCGGAAGUUAUCAAGGUCCUCGACGAGAUCAUUGAAGAGUUCCCACCGCUAAGGUCGUCACCGAUGAGUUUCCUCAUAAAUCACUCCGACCUUCUGCAGCUCAUCAUGGAAUUUUGUCGCAUCACUCCCUCUCAGGUGCCGUUGGUCAAGGAGGUUAUCAGCAAGUUGAAUUUCGGCAAAUGGACGAUGCAGAAGAUCAGAAGUGAACUCCGAUCGCCAGCCAUCGGAGUCGCCUCUACGUCGUUGGACGACUUGGCCAGAUUUGAUUUCAGAGACACUCCUAAGCAGGCUCAAAACCGGCUCAGGUCCAUCAUGGAAGGUACUGAGUUCGCUGAGCGACUGGCGCCUAUCUUCGCUCGCAUGAACAUACUCGUGACGUACUUGCAAGGCUUCGACGUCAAACGGAAGGUCUAUGUCAACCCUCUUGGAAGUCUGAACGACAAGUUCUUCAGAGGCAGUAUCCUUUUCCAAUGUGUUUUUGACACUAAGCGACGGGACGUCUUUGCAGCUGGCGGUCGCUAUGACCGGUUGGUGCAAGAAUUCAGUCCGAAGGGUCGAACGAGCUGCUCUCAAACACAUGCAGUUGGCUUUAAUCUGAGCUGGGACAGACUCGGCUCCGCUAUGCUCGAGUAUCUCAAAAGUACGACGAAAGCACCUACCAAACAUGCUGAAUCAGAUGCUGGGGCUUUUUGGAAGACCAGGAGGUGUGACGUGCUCGUUGCAAGCUUCGACGCGACAGUGCUGCGCACAAUGGGUGUCAAGCUUGUACAGGAUUUAUGGGCUAGUGAUAUCAGCGCUGAAUUGGCCGUCGACGCUUCAUCAUUGGAAGAGCUCCUCUCUGAGUACAAAGAGCACAACCAUAGCUGGAUUGUCAUUGCAAAACAAGAUAGUAAGGAGCGAGGCUUCAAAGUGAGGUGUCUCGCUCCCAAAGAAGAACUCGACAUCAGGAGCUCCGAACUUAUCCCUUGGCUUCGGAACGAGAAACGUGCACGCAAUCAACGCGAGGGCGGACCCGACCUGCGGCAGUCGCGAUUGCCAAGUCAGUCAGAUGCGAUUGCUGGAGCUAGUGAAAGAUCGAGCGACGUACGCAUCUUGAGCUCUCAGCACCGGAGCAAGAAGACGAACAGACGAAACAUCGUCGAGUCUGCUCUCCUUCGUUCUCGGGAGGUAGUUGAGAAGGCAAUCAACGGGCCCAUUGCGGCCAUUGACACUAGAGAUGACCUGCUUGAAGCAAUCAGGGAUACACGCCUGUCGGAUCCGGAAAGCUGGCGCUCAGUCAUUCAAAGUGCCCCGUUGACUGAGCGAAAGUACCUCAGCCAGGUGCACGAACUACUACUGGACCUUUCCAAUGAAUGUCGCGCGAACGAUGGCCCGGACAGUGUCAGCAAUGCCUUCAUUUACAACUACCGGACGGGGUCGUGUCUGUAUUAUGACCUUGGACGUGGAAAUGAAAAGUAA